AAGAAAUAUGCGAACGCCUCACAAGGGAGGCACCGGAACUCUGCCAAACCGGAAGUUAAACGCCUUUCGAUUGAUUUGGGCUGCAAAUGAUGAUUUCUAUGGGGAAGGUACUUACUCAACUGCUACUUUCUUAUUCUAAACACAAUUAAUUUUCCAUGCAGACAAUUGCAACAAAACAUGCAAUUGGCGAUUCGAGAAAACAAGAUAUUCAGGCAGUAAGCUUUUAGGUCGCAAGUUUCGCGCCUGCCUCCCCGGUGUGUUUUCACGGGUGUUUACAAUUAUUCUGUACCAGUCCUUCGCGUCCAUCAGAUCACGUCUUCCUUCAUCAAAGUAAUCGCGCUAUUUUGAAAUACUGCUGGUGGAAUCUUUCGCUUUACAGAUACCGGUACUUUAAAGCGCAAAACAAGUUAAUAUCAUACAGCAGACGAUUGAAACUUGCGAGUCAAGUGGUUGGAUGUUGCAAGGGAUUCGUCGUGACGUGAAAUCGUUCGCAUCUUUUCAGAUUUUUGUGGCACCGAUUUAGCUCACCGAGUUUUGAGUUGGACGGGUUCUGCCGAUGAGUGAUUGAACAUAAAUUUGGACAAAUGCAACUCAGCUUGGUGACAAAGAAAGCAGCAAAGUCUUGUCGAAUUCUUCCAUAAAGAGCAGAGACAUCUGGCAAAACUGUUCACUUUGGAAAUUGUGAUUGUAUCAUUAAACCCAUUGAUGCCUUCAGCGAUGUAUUCGGGGAAUAUGUUUCCGGAAGAUUAAAUUUCUGUCGAAAUUUUGGAUCGAUUACAGCGAGUUUGACAAACAAGUAAUCAGUGGUUCUUCAUGUUUCUUGUGGCUGUCGGCAGGACAUUUUAUUUCUUGUUAGCAGAAGAAUUAACUUGGAGUGAUGCAUAUAUUGAUGUACAAACUCAAAGACUCGUCGCUCGGGCGACUGGUCGCAUUUCUCCUGGUAUUUGCACUUGUGGUACCGCUAAUAACUCAUUACUAUUUAGCAAAAGAAACAGUUCCUUCAGAGAGAAGUCGAAUUAAUUUUCAAUCAAGGACCAAGUUAGACAGACCCGUUGACAAAGCGGAUUCUUUACUUGAUAGAAUCGAUGAAUUGAAAUACGAAAUUGAAGAACAGGAGAGAAUCAAAUUGUCAUUAUCUAAUGAACUAAGACAGCUUGAGGGAAGGAAGAACGGGCUUUUAAAAGUGAUUUCUAAUUUUUCUAGAAAAGCAGAGAGCGCAAGAACUCAAGCUGAACAUUACCAUGCUGAUGUGAUUCGAGCACAAAGGGAACUGGAGCUUAUUAAGCUUGCCAAAAUACGAGCUAAUGACUGUCCACAGCUACCUCAUUUAAAACUGCCGCAAAAACUUAAUGUGGAAUCAGAGGAUGACAUUAGCCCGGUCCCAGACCAAAGAAUUUCAUCAAACUGCCAACUUAACAAUUGCUUUGAUUUUUCAAGAUGUGCUUUCAAUUCUGGAUUUCCAGUCUUUGUCUAUGAGCACCCUUUGGGUUAUUUUACUUCAGACUCUAGAGCCAUAGAUAUUUUGCAGUUGUUGAAAAACACUCCAUAUUACACAGCUAAACCAGAGAAAGCCUGUUUGUACAUAGUGAUUAUUGGAUCAACAGAACCUACUCAUCAUCCGAAAAGUAAGAGCGAACUUGAAACAGAUUUACACUCACUGCCUUACUGGAAAGGAAAUGGCAAAAAUCACUUGCUUUUACACCUAAAAACAGACAGAAGACAUUUUACUAGUAUUUUAUCCCUUAACAUAAAUACAGGCUUUGCCUUGGUUGCUCAAUCAACAUUUUUUAAAGACAAUACUUAUCGCCAUGGCUUUGACACUGUGUUACCACCAUCGAUUGGACCCCUCAAGGGAGACGUGUGGCAUCUUGCUGCUUUACAGCUACCAGCAAGAAGGAAAUAUUUGCUGAGUUUUCAAGCGGAACAUGCUGAUCAUCUUACCGAAACGAUGGCCAUUCUACGUGAUCAACUUAACGAUAUAUCCAGAGAGGCUGGAGACUUCUUAAUUGAGCUUUAUCUAUCAAAAUUGGAAUAUUUAAAGGGAACUAGUGAAUGGUUGUUAUGGGCAAGCCCUGAAAACAGAACAAAGGUUCUUAGACAAUCAACUUUUACCUUAAUAGUAGGAUCAAACAGUGCCAGCUCCAGCUGGGACAGUUGUCAUAUCCGGCUGCUUGAGGCAUUACAAUCUGGAGCUAUCCCAGUGAUAUUAUCAAGCAAAGCCAUUCUUCCUUUUAAUGAUGUGAUUGAUUGGAGGAAAGCUGCAAUCAUUCUAUCACAAGCUCGGCUCCCUGAAUUGAACGUGUUACUCAGAACAAUUACAACUGAAGAUAUUCUUGACUUGCGUCGACAGGGCAGAUUCCUUUGGGAGACAUACCUUUCAACUACUGAUGUUAUUUUGAAAACUGUGCUGGCCACUUUAAGAACCCGCUUGUCAAUUCCUGCUCAUCAUGUGUCUGCCUCUCCGACACCAUCAGUCUUCAGUGAUUCCAAGCCCCCUGUUACAAGCUCUCCAGACCCAGAUGCCAUAAUCAGCCUUGCGUUAGAAUCUCCAACUUUCUUUCGAAAUUUAACAUCAACUGUUGUAGAUGCCUACAAUGUGUGGAAUUUUCCUCCAGGUUCUUUCAGAAUGUUUCCAAGCAUGCCGUUUACUCCUGUUUUACCUUCUUCAGCACCAUUUAGGAAUUCCAGCAAAGGAUUCGAACUCAUCGGGGAUGGAAUGGGCGGAGCAGGAGCAGAGUUUAACAAGGCUUUGGGUGGUAAUUACCCAGUGGAACAAUUUACUAUUGUCAUUUUGACGUACGAGAGAGAACUAGUGCUUAUAGAAGCCAUUCAGCGUCUUGUUGGGUUACCGUACCUUAACAAAGUCAUCGUUGUGUGGAAUAGUCCAGAGCCACCUUCUUUGUCUCUUAGAUGGCCUGACAUUGGGGUGCCAGUUCAUGUCGUGAAAGUAGCUAAGAACAGUUUGAACAACCGUUUUAUUCCAUACGACGUCAUUGAGACUGAUGCUAUUUUUUCCAUUGAUGAUGAUGUAGAAAUGCGACAUGAUGAAAUACUCCUGGGUUUCAGAGUUUGGCGAGAAGCAAGAGAUCGUAUCGUGGGAUUUCCUGCAAGGUUUCAUGCUUGGGAUUCACAGAAUAAACAAUGGCUUUACAGUUCAGAGCAUACCUGUGAACUUUCCAUGGUCCUUACUGGUGCUGCCUUCUACCAUAAGUAUUAUGGAUAUCUGUACACACAUUGGAUGCCACAAGUCAUAAGAGAUAAAGUAGAUGAGUACAUGAACUGCGAAGACCUUGCAAUGAAUUUCUUGGUUUCUCAUAUCACAAGAAAACCCCCGAUUAAGGUGACAUCACGUUGGACCUUCUCAUGCCCAAACUGUCCUGUUUCCCUCUGGGAAGAUAAAACUCACUUUGAAGAGCGUAGCAAAUGCAUCAAUUUCUUUGUGGAGGUGUAUGGGUACAUGCCACUGUUAAGGACACAGUUCAGAGCAGAUUCUAUCCUGUUUAAAACAAGACUACCUGCUGACAAGUCAAAGUGUUUUAAGUAUGUUUAAAAGAGCUGUGUCACUAUUUGGGCAUCUUUAAGAGUUAAGCCUAAGUUUUUCAAAUUUCUUCCUUUGUAACCAUGUUAAUCUUCUCCAUCCAUCACCAUCCUUGUUCCUU